GCCUUGUGGUGAGCUCUGUCCCGCGUCCUGCGAGCGGGGACAGAGCCACCGCCGUGCCAUGACCCGGGGAAAGCUCCCGAGUGCCUGGGCGCUGCUGGCCAGCCUGGCCCUGGCCAGCUGCGGGGUCCGAGGGCAGAUAUUCGUGAAGGAGUUCAGCGGGAAGGUGUUCCUGGAAUGUGUGCGAGGCCAAGGCAACCAAAACGUCACUUGGUGGAAAGAUGGGAGCGCCGUCGGGCACGAGGCACAGCUGCCCCUGAGCGGGGUCUAUGACGACCCCAGAGGCCUCUACGUGUGUGAAACAGGAGGCCAGAGGAGAAGCCUCCAGGUGCACUAUCGCAUGUGCCAGAACUGCAUCGAGGUGGACGCUCCCACCAUCUCAGGCAUCGUCAUUGCCGACGUCGUGGCCACGCUGUUCCUGGCCGUGGCCGUGUACUGCAUCACCGGCCACGACAGGGGACACACGUCACGAGCUUCCGACAGGCAGAACCUGAUCGCCAACGAGCUCUACCAGCCCCUCAGAGAGCGGGAGGAUGAGCAGUACAGCCGGCUGGCUCCCACCCGUGCCCGCAAAUGAAGUGGGAAAACUCUGAGACUCUGAGACUGCCUUCGUCAGCGUGCUGGGUUAGCUUGGAGGCCCCUCCAGGAUGGGCUGCUUGCAGCCCUGUGCUCAUUCCACAACCUCUUGCACUUCUGUACUCCUGCCAUUAAA